GCGCGUUUAUUUAGGCGCCGGGCGGCCAGCAGAGGGGCCUUCGGGCGCGGCCGUCCGUCGGGCCGGGACGUCACAUCGCGGUGCAGAACAGCGAGCGCGCGGGCGGGCUCGGCGGGACACCAGGGCGACGCGCGGACGGGCGCGGCCACUGUCACUGCGGAGCCCGCGCGUUGUCCGGCGGCCCCCGCGUCUGCUCCCCAGGGAGGACGCCGCGCCGUGGGCGCCAGGCCCGACUCGCCCGCUGACGCGUCUCUCCUCGCCCGGGGCCGGGGCAGUCUGUCACAGAACCGAAAGCGACUGAGGGCACGGCACCAAAAAAACAAUAAGCAAAAAAGAAAGUGGCGUGUUUUGGGGCAUUCUGAGCAUUCAGAGAACAAGCAAACAUGUCCUUGGAGGACAUUAAGAUGAAUUCCAGCGACCUCCUGUGGGAAGAAGAUCUAGACAGCGGAGGCUUCGGGGCAGUGUCCUUGUGUUUCCACAAGACGCAUAAACACGUGAUCCUGAAAAAGGUGUACACGGGGCCCAAGCGCAUGGAGUACAACGAGUCCCUCCUGGAGGAGGGGAAGAUGAUGUACAGACUGAGUCACAACCGCGUGGUGAAGCUGCUGGGCGUCAUCAUUGAGGAAGGGAAAUACUCCCUGGUGAUGGAGUUCAUGGAGAAGGGCAACCUCAUGAAUGUGCUCAAAGCCCAGAUCAGUAUCCCACUUUCUGUAAAAGGAAGGAUAAUUGCAGAGACUAUUGAAGGAAUGUGCUACUUACAUGGAGAAGGUGUGAUACAUAAGGACCUGAAGCCUGAAAAUAUCCUUGUUGAUAAUGACUUUCACAUUAAGAUAGCUGACCUUGGCGUUGCUUCCUUUAAGACGUGGAGCAAACUGACUAAAGAGGAACACAACGAGCAGAGGAAGGCUGAUAGUACCACUAAGAAAAAUGGUGGCACCCUGUAUUACAUGGCCCCCGAGCACCUCAGCAACAUCAAUGUCAAGCCCACGGAGAAGUCAGACGUGUAUAGCUUUGGCAUAGUUCUUUGGGCGAUAUUUGCAAAUAAAGAGCCAUAUGAGAAUACCAUCUGUGUGGAGCAGCUGAUAGUAUGCAUAAAAAGGGGAGACAGGCCAGACAUGGACGAGAUCAUUGAACACUGCCCCAAGGAGAUCAUCGACCUCAUGCAGCUCUGCUGGAAGGAGGAGCCAGAACUUCGGCCAACAUUUCCCGAUAUUGAAGAGAAAUAUAAGCCUUUUUAUGUAAGUGAAUUGGAAGAAUUUGUAGAAAAAGAUGUGAAGAGUUUAAAGGAAGAGUAUCCCAUACAGAAUGAAAUUUUGAGGAGAGUGCCAUCUGUCCAGCCAGACUGUGUACCAGAGCCUCCAAGCAGGUCAAAUUCAGAACAGCCUGGCUCACUGCACAGUUCCCAGGGACCUGAGAUGGGACCUGUGGAGGAGUCCUGGUUUUCUGCCUCCCUGGAGCACCAGCAAGAAGAGUAUGAACCCAUUCUGCAGCGUAAACUCCAGAAGGAAGCCAACUAUCAUGUUUUUGGCAGCCGCAUGGACCAGCAGACGAAACAGCAGCCCAUUCAGACUGUAGCUUAUAACAUGGAGGAGGAGAGGAGACGAAGGGUCUCUCAUGAUCCCUUUGCACAGCCAAGACCUUAUGAGAGCACUCAGAACACAAGGUUAAAAGGUCUUGCUUCUUGUAGUGCAGCUAGCCACAGUAAUGCAGGACACCAGCCACCAGGGCUGACCAGCCAACCCCAUGGACCAUACUGGAACAGUGAAUUCCAUAAUCUGCAUGUACCUGGAACAAGACCACUGGAUCCAGGAACGUCAGGUGCAGGAAUUUGGUAUGGGCCACAUUCAAGCCAAAUGUCCAAUCUGUCUAAGACUCCAGUGCCUGAGACCAACCUAGCAGGAAACACACCCACCCUUCCGUUCUACUCCUUCAUAUCACCAGAUGAACUUAUAAAAUCCCACAUAAACAUAAGCAACAGUAGUGGCAUCCAGUUUGGAGCCUACAAUUAUAUGGAAAUUACUCCAGUGAAUUCACAACUAGAAAACACACGCACAAACUUGGAAGAGGAGUCAGCUUCUAAGUACCAAGCUAUCUUUGCUAACACCACUAGUUUGACUGCUAAUCAACUAACCCCAGUGGAGGAAAACCUGGGAAAGCACUGGAAACCCUGUGCCCGUAAACUGGGCUUCACAGAGUCUCAGAUUGAUGAGAUUGACCACGACUACGAGCGAGACGGACUACAUGAGAAGGUUGUCCAGAUGCUCCAGAAGUGGAGGAUGAGGGAAGGCAGUAAGAGGGCCACAGUGGGCAAGCUUGCCUGGGCCCUCUACCAGUGUUCCCGGAAGGACCUUGUGAACCACUUGAUGGAUAUCAGCCAGAAUUAACCCUGGAGGGGCUUUGGCAGCACGAAGCAAGGUCCUUGCUUUGGUGAAGAACCACUGGAAGCAUUCAGAAUUCUGUCCUCUUUUAUGUGGGUUCUAUCACUGCCAAUAGACAAUUGCCUGCAUUUUAGUGCUAGGGCAUAGGAGGAAAAAAAUCUACAGCCAGCAGCCUGCUUUCAGGAAAAUGCAAGGCAGAAGAGCGAUCUAUUUUUUAAAGGAAGAGAGGAGGUAGUUUAAAAAAUCAUUUUCCUUCAGCUCCUGGCAUAACCUUCAGAUAUGCUGUUCAUUCAGUUUCCUGGGGUUCUGGUCGAAUGAGACAAAAAAAAAAGAAUGUAAAACAACCCAACUUUCUUACUUUGUGUUCUCCACAUAGACUUCUCUUUUUGGUGGGGGUUUACCAGGACUCAAACUCAGGAACUCACGCUUGCCAGGCAGGCACUGCGCCGCUGAGCUAUAUCCCUGGCCCUAGACUUCCAUUACAACCAAAAUGUAGUAAAUUCUAAAUUCUAGUCAAAUGUUUUCUUGUAAUGACAACUACAGCUUAUUCCACAUUACAGGACCUGUUAACUUCGUAUCAAACAUUCUAGCAGUCACUACAGGCUUUAAUGAUUAUGUGCUGUUGCACUUUGUGAUGUUAAAUUAUAGCUAUUUUUAUAAGCAGUUUAGGGAAGAAAAAAUACACAGGGAAAAAUCAGGUUUUCUUGGCAGUUGUUGUAAGGACCUGCAAGUAAUCGUGACUACAAUCAAAAUUUCCUCAUGAAUUUUUUUUUAGUUCUUUUCUAGUACUAAUACUUUGAAUAACUAGUACUUAUAUUGCUAAUAAUUCUAAUACUUUUGGCAUUUCCAAGCCCAUGUGUCCUGAAGAGGGAGCAGAUGUUCAGGAAGCAUUCAUGUCUUUACCCCUCGGAAAGCCCAGAUGCACAGAGCUGAUCGUUGCUGAGCUGCUCCAUCAGUUUACCCUAUUGUGCUGUAGUAGAAAUCUGUUCAUUUUUCCCUUUGUGCCAUGAAGUAAAAAAUGACAGCUUCA